AUGGUGACGACGGAAGAACGCAGCAAGAAUCUCGAAGUUGAAAACGCACAGUUGCUGCAGCGAUGGCUCGAUAAAAUGAAUGAGGAAGCGGAUAAAAUGAAUGAAGCAACAAAGUUUUAUGAAAGCUUUUUGGAGCAAGCCCGCAGCGUUGGUCAAAUCAUUCGUAAAUCAGGUGGACAAUGGGUCAUGCACCCAGCGAAUAAAGGCGGUGAACAAGACAAGCCUCUAUCAACUAUUGUCCUGCCCUCGCAAGUUUUCAAACGCAUAUCGGCACAUGAUGGUGAAAUUCACUGUAUUCAAGCUGCUAGUACUGGAAAAUAUUUCGCUACUGGUGGUUCUGACAAGAAAGUCAAAGUUUUUAGCCCAAACUCUGGCCAACUGUUGCAAACAUUGACUGGAGCUUUACAAACCAUUACCUCGAUAUCCUUCAGUCCGAAUGAUGACCUGAUAUUGGGCUCUUCGACAGACAAUGCUACACGAAUAUGGUCCCUUGGAAAUGGUCGCAUCAAGCAUACUUUGACCGGUCAUAUUGGAAAAGUAUACGCAGCUAAAUUCUGCUCUGGUGCCAAUAGAGUCGUUUCUGGAAGCCACGAUCGAACCUUGAAAGUUUGGGAUCUUCAGAAAGCUUAUUGCAUACGCACAAUUUUUACAUUUUCAAGUUGCAAUGACUUGUGCCUUAUGGAUUCCGAUGGUCAAACUAUAGUGAGCGGCCAUUUUGAUAAUAACAUCCGUCUCUGGGAUGCACGCACCGGUAACGGGAUCAAACAAUUGACGGGGUUGCAUACCGGUCAAAUCACUUCUGUAUCCAUGUCACCAGAGCAGAGAGCUAUCAUAGCGGUCUUAAUUGGUCGAGAGCUUGCUACAGAUGGAAUUGUCCAUAUAUGGAAUGCCCAGUCUGGUCUACUAGAAAAGGCAGUGGCUGGCCAUAAAUCAUCCAUCUGCGGUGUGGCGUGGAAUCCCACAGGAAAUUUCUUAUACAGCGCCGAUAAGAAUAGAACAAUAUGCCUAUGGGAAACUGCUGUAGGACAAUCGUAA